AUGGCAACAUCGCGAAAUCUUAGUAAAUCAGUGAUAUCUGCAUCCGACGAAAUCAAGGAUAUAUAUUGUGAGCCAUGUGUUGGAGACGGAAAACAGGUAGAAGCAGAAGGAUUCUGUGUGGACUGCUCAGAAUAUCUGUGUGGACAAUGUUAUAACAGUCACGGGAGAUUUAAAGCGUUCAAACACCAUGUGCUCCAGGAUAAGAAAAAUGUGCCUGUUGAUGUAGCAAGUACAGGUGUACUUGAUGUGUGCGUAGAAAAGUGUUCUAAACAUCCAACAAAGGUUACUGAAUACUUUUGCCGGUCAUGUGACACACUUGGCUGUAGUGCUUGCAUCACUAAAAACCAUCGCCAAUGCCAAAGUGUCGACCACAUACCCGACAUUGUAACAGAUCUAGAAAACAACGAUGAAUUCAAAACAUUUGCUGAAUACUUCGAUAAAAAUCUUACGCUGCUGAAAGAAAGAAAAGAUGAAAUUAAUUCGAGAAAAACUGUUGUAAAUGAAAUGAAAAAUCAGGCAAAGACAGAGCUUAAAAAUCAGCGUGAUAAGAUAAACAAGUUUUUCGACCAUCUUGAGGUUGAAAUGGACAAAAAGAUAAUGGACAUUGACAAAAAUAACAAGGAUACAUUAAAAGCAGCGUCAGAAAGAUGUAAUAUCAUAAAUGAUGAAUUAAACAAAAUGAAAACUGUCAUAGAGACAAAAAGAAAAAACGGCCAAAAAUGUGAACUGUUCAUAAAAAUGAAAAGAUCGAAAAGGGAAAUCAAAAAGCUUGACAGUCAGUUUGAUAUGCUAUAUGACGAGAGCAAGGUUCAAAGAUAUAAACUAGUACAAUCCGCACAGACAGAGGAAAUAAUGAAAAACACAACUGAAAUAUGCAGAAUGUUAACUGCAAAACUUGUUUCAGAGAUUGAUGUAAGCUCUUGCAAAGACAAGAAACACCGUUUAUAA